GCUGUAGUCAGUAGUGGCGUUGUCGCAGGAGUUGGGAGAUAGCAGUAUUCUGUCAGUUACUAGUUAUUAGGAAGAAUGGCGGAAGAAAGGGAACCACCCCCACUUUUUGAUACUGUGGACAUAACGAAGAAAGAGGAAGACAAUGAUGACUUAUUCACUUCCGCUAUUGAAGAUGUAAGUCUCGAAGAUGAGAAGCGAGUGCCUUUUAGGGACGUCGAUGCACCAACGUUACAGUUGUCAGAGGAUAAUCCUACCUAUGAGACUCCACCAGUUGAGAGACCAUCGGUGCUGAAGUCAAACUCCCUAGAAGAGGUGGAGAAGGAAAAUGAUGACCAGUUUCUUGAAGUUUCUGUAACUGAUCCACAGAAAGUGGGUGACGGAAUGGGAGCAUAUGUAGCGUACAAAGUUGUAACGAGGACAAAUAUACGGCUAUUCAAGAAGACUCAUUUUGAUGUAAUGAGACGUUUCAGUGAUUUCCUGGGCCUGCAUGACAAACUAGUAGAAAAGUAUCUCAGAUUAGGCCGCAUCAUACCACCAGCUCCAGAGAAGAGUGUUAUAGGUAUGACAAAAAUAAAGAUGUCAAAUCAAGCAGAACAGGGCUCUUCUGCUGAGUUCAUCGAGAAACGAAGAGCUUCUCUGGAAAGAUACUUGAACCGUACAGCAGCUCAUCCAGUUCUGUGUGUUGAUCCUGACUUCAGAGAAUUCUUGGAAGCAGAUAUGGACCUACCAAAAGCUACAAACACUUCAGCACUCAGUGGUGCUGGAGUAAUGCGGUUGUUUAACAAAGUUGGUGAAACGGUCAAUAAAAUCACCUACAAAAUGGAUGAAAAUGACCCUUGGUUUGAAGAGAAAACACAGCAAGUGGAGAAUCUGGAUCUACAGUUACGCAAGCUGCAUACAAGUGUAGAGCUGCUCGUCUUGCACCGCAAAGAUCUUGCGACCCUCACAUCGUCAUUUGCAAAGAGUGCAGCUAUGCUUGGCAACUGUGAGGAACACACCUCCCUGUCACGAGCACUUGCACAACUUGCAGAUGUUGAAGAAAAGGUGGAAGCCCUCUACAACGAACAAGCUAAUUCUGACUUCUCUAUAUUUUGUGAGCUUUUGAAGGACUAUGUUGCAUUGUUUGGCGCAAUAAAGGAAGUGUUCCAUGAGAGGGUCAAGGUGUAUCAAAAUUGGCAGCACUCGCAGCAGAUGUUAAAUAAAAAGAGAGAACAGAAAGCAAAAUUGGAGCUGUCAGGGAAGUCAGAUAAAGGAGUGCAAGCUGGGAUGGAAGUUGUGGAAUGGGAGUCCAAAGUUGAACGUGGGCAAGAAGAAUUUGAUAAUAUUUCAAAGAUGAUUAAAAAAGAAUUGGAAAGAUUUGAGAUCAAUCGUGUGAAAGAUUUCAAGGCAAUCAUCAUUCAGUAUCUGGAAAACCUGAUGAACAAUCAACUACAGCUGAUUAAAUAUUGGGAAGCAUUUAUGCCUGAAGCUAAGGCCAUAGCAUGAACAAAUUGGAUCAGUGUUCAACCAAAAAACAUUCCAUAUUUCCAUUCCUACUGUUUUUUUGGUAUGCUAUGUAUGCUGCAUAGCAGUCAAAAUGUAUCAUCAAGUGAAGAUGAAACCAAACUGUUUGUGUAAAGUCUGUGACAGUAAAUUGACAAAGGAAAUCAAACCAAUAUUUGUGUUGAAUGUUUGCUGGAUGGCAGUUUUGUACAGCAUUGCUACAGGCAUACUCCUGUAGUGGGCUGACUCCAGCACUAAUUGUUAAAAUUGCCUCUGUUCCUUGAGGCUGGCAAAUAUUUACUCAUGGAACUGGAAUAAUAGCUGUUGUUAAUUAUAUAUACUUCAAAAGUUUAUGUUAAAGAAAACUUAUUUUUGUUUCAGAAAUGUGAAACUGUCUGUAACCUCUUUGACAAAAGAAAUGCAAAGUAUAUGUAUAGGAUGUCUUACAUGGUUAGUUUCAACUGUUAAUUUGUUUAAUUGCGUUGCUCUGUAUUUAUAUAGUUCCUAUUGUUUAACUCUGUGUAAUCUCAUGCUUUUACUUGGAUUGUAUUUUUGUUGAAUAGUGAACCCAUGUGAUGAAACUGAAAAUAUUUCUUAAGUCUCAAAUGUAUUUCUCUAGUCCUUAGGGGCACUGCUUCAGAGGUCUGUUCUCCAUGUGCUGUGAAUGUUGGAAAAUAUCUUAGUGUCAUGUGUAAGAAUAAUAUUUUUGUUCAUAAAUUAUGUGUAACAGCAUUACAAGAAUGCUUUGAAGUACUUUGAAAAUGAAUCUUUUUUUUGAAAUUGAAUGUUAAGAUUCAGAGAACUGCAAAUAAAUUUUUCAACGUUUUUUCAAA